AAAACUUUUAUCAGAAUCUUCAAAACCUCAGUUGAAUACGCCCGUUUAGAUUUUGGACACACGAUCAAUCGAUUAUAGCAAUGGCGACAAGCAGAAAUGGAAGAGGAGAAGAGGCAGUGAGUCAAUUCACAGCUGAACUCGGCAAAACGCCGAAAGAAGGGGAAAGAAUCCUCGCCCCGACCAGACGACCGGACGGCUCCCUCCGCAAGCCCGUACGAAUUCGGGCGGGUUAUACGCCUCAAGACGAAGUCGCCAUUUAUCAAUCCAGAGGCGCCCUUUGGAAGAAGGAAAUGGGGGCCACGCAGGAGGUGCCGCCGGGGUAUAAUCCAGAUGUGGUAGAAGCCAAACCUAAGUCCAAAUCGGGUAAAAGGAAUGAGAGAAAGAAAGAAAAACGUCUACAGGCUGCUCUUGACAAGGAUAAAACUUUGGAGAACAAUGAUAUGUUGCCUGCUGAAGAUUCAAAUGACGUGCCAAUGAAUGUGGAGUCAGUUGCAUCCAAUAUGAAUGAACUCUCCCUUAGUUCAAGUACUCGUAUGGUCAUACUACCUUCAAAUUCAACAGUGUGUUCUACUCCAGAGGAUCAGGUUCAAGAUAUUGAUAAAAAAAUCCGAGCACUGAAAAAGAAGAUUCGGCUUACUGAAGCUCAGCAGCAGAAAACAGUGGAGAAAGAUAUGCAGCCGGAACAAUUAGAAAAGGUAGCCAAAUUAGAAGGUUGGCGCAAUGAGUUGAAGCUUUUGGAAGAUAAGAAAGCUGAAUUGACAGCAACACUUUCAUGAAGGUAGGCUUACGGUGCAGUUCAUGUUUGUGGUUUGAUUUAUUGAAUGGACUUACAUAACUUUGAGAGCCAUCUAGGUUUUGCAUCAAGGAACCUUGCUAGUAAUAGUAGCUUGUGCCACUCCCCUGUUUUCUAGUUAUGCAUUUUUACUCUGAUUAUAACUAAUUGAAGAACCAACAGUGUAUGGACAAUUAUUUCAUUAGCUAGCUUGUUGACUAAGUUGGACUGGAUAGUACUUGAUAGUACUGUAGUAAGAAUAUGUGGCACUCUUUUUUUAAUCUAUCUGAAGUUCAAGGAAUGCCAUUGGACACUUCCAUGUACAAUAUUCAUUUUCAAUUGCCUUGUAACCAUUGGUUGUUUUGAAAUAUGAUGCCAAAUAGUGAAUUGAACAA